AUGCCGUGCGAGCUCACCGUCGAGGCUCGGAAGGCCCUCCAAGAGGAGGUGACCGCUCUGGGCAACGAGAUUCGCGGUCUCAAAGAGCAGAAGGCGAACCCUGACCUGGUGAAGGAGCGUGUGGCCAAAAUGUUAGCCCUCAAGAAGCAACUAGGAGACGAAGGAAAGCCGGGCAAAUUUGUGCUGAAGUGCCCUAAAGGCGGGAAACUGAUUUACGACCUGGAAGACCAGGGCGGCGAGCUGCUGAGCAUGCGUUAUGACCUGACGGUGCCUUUUGCCCGGUAUUUGGCGAUGAACAAAAUCCGGAAUAUUAAACGAUACCACAUCGCCAAGGUCUAUAGACGGGAUCAGCCGGUGAUGACGCGCGGAAGAUAUCGUGAAUUUUAUCAAUGUGACUUUGAUAUCGCCGGCGAAUAUGAGAAGAUGCUGCCCGAGGCGGAAUGCCUGAAAGUCGUUGAUGAGGUUCUGGCAAAAUUGGACGUCGGAAAUUUCCGAAUCAAGGUAAACCACCGCCUACUUCUCGAUGCGAUGAUUGGGGCUAGCGGCGUGCCCGAGGCUAACUUCAAGACCGUCUGCUCUUCCAUCGAUAAACUUGACAAGGAGCCGUGGGAGAAAGUGCAAAAGGAGUUGAUCGACGAAAAAGGAAUGUCCCUCGAGCAAACUGAGACUCUACGAAGUUUUGUCCUUUUCCGCGAGGAUGUUGGAGCCGAGAUGUCGAUGUCAAAGAGCUCAUACAACUACAAUCGCAAAGGAUGGGAAGAUUCAGAGUUUCCGAUCCUCUGCGAGACAUGCCUGGGCCCGAAUCCAUAUCUACGGAUGCAAAAAGACACGUAUGGCAAGGAAUGUACGAUUUGCGAGCGCCCCUUCACAAAUUUCCGCUGGCAACCAGGAAAGGGCGCCCGAUUCAAGAUGACCGAAAUCUGCCAGACGUGUGCAAAGAUCAAGAACUGUUGCCAGACGUGCAUGUUCGAUCUGGAAUUUGGUCUCCCUAUACAAGUCCGUGAUCAUGCUCUCAAAAUCACCGAUGACCUGCCGCGCCAGGGCGCCAAUCGGGAUUUCUUUGUCCAAAAUCAAGAACGCGCCUUGGCGGCUACAGAUGGCACGACACCCGGCGGAGCUCUUGCUACUAUCGGAGCUGAUCAUCCUGGAACCGAGAUGCUCAAACGUCUCCAGCGCACUGGGCCCUACUACAAGCGCAAUGCCCCACACAUUUGCUCUUUCUUCGUGAAAGGAGAAUGUAAGCGUGGAGAGGAAUGUCCCUAUCGCCACGAGAAACCGACGGAUCCCGAUGAUCCACUCAGCCAGCAAAACAUGCGUGAUCGCUACUACGGCAACAACGACCCAGUCGCCGAAAAGAUCUUGAAUCGUGCAACAGGCGGCAACGACUAUCGCGUCAACCCGGUGCCAAAUCUCCCGACCGCCUUGCCGAUUCCGGAUGAAUUGAUCCCGAAUAAGCGUGGGCAUGCUGCUGCACAAGGCGCGGGCCCAUCAACUGGUCCACCGCUGAAAGUGCCACGAGUUGUCCCGACGCUCAGCAGCUACGAUGCCUCUGGGCCCGCCGGAAGCUCCUCCAUCUACUACCCCAGCCAGGAUCCGCAGCGUCUCGGAGCCAAGGGCGACGUCGUGGAA